AGCGAGAAAGGUGAAGGAAACCACGCAGAGAUAGGAUACGUACUCUUACGCACUCUAGAGUCUCCUAACCAGCUGCUAGGAUGGUUAGUUGAGAGGCGGGGCUGCCGCGGGAUGUUUUCAUUGGCUGUGGCGUUUCUCAUUCGCUCUCGAGUCAUGUUUGCUUUCUCUAUGGUACUCAGGCCCGGCCAGAGGGGCCGGUACGGUUUCCUCAGGAGCGUUUAACGCAGAUGGACGGACUCGGCUUCAUUCCACCUUCGUCUCUAUGGUUCCCGGAAGUGUGGCCUACUGGUUCCGGUGUGGGAUUCGGCGGGUGUGAGGCGAGCGGUGUGCGGGACGGAGCGGAGGUUCAGCGCGGCCGGGGAAUGCUCGUGGCCUUCUGAGCCGCUUUCCGCUUUCGCCAUGUCCGUCGUGCCGCCCAACCGCUCCCAGACCGGCUGGCCCCGUGGGGUCAACCAGUUCGGUAACAAAUACAUCCAGCAAAGCAAACCCCUCACGCUCGAGCGGACCAUCAACCUGUGAGUGGCGCUCGGUGCCCCCCCUCCUUCCUCCCCUCCCAAGAGCAGCGAAGAGCCACAGCGCCACGCCUCCUCCGCCCCUUUCUCCCGCGUCUUUACUAUAAUAGGGUUGUUUCCCCCCCCCCCCCAGCAUCCUCUCCCUUCCGCGAUUCCCAGCACUUUGUCUUGCUCCCCUCUAUGCGCGAUAAAAAAAGUCGAGGUCCCAUUCACACGUGCAUAAUUUGCGCGGUUUCCCUGCGCUUGGUUAUUAUCGGCACCUUUGUGCAUGUGUCGUAGCUCAACGGUAGAGUAGCUGUUUGCCGCUGCAUGUCGGGCUGCCUGGAACCCUGGAGAGUCGCUGCCAAACAGUAUAGGCGACCGUGAACUAGAUGGGGUCAGACUUUGCUUUAAUGUAGAUCCCUAGGUUCCUCAGUCGCCCACACUUCCGCUCUCGGGGACACCUUAAUCUGCCUCCACCCCAAGUGUCUUGCAGCUUGCAGACCACAUUCUCUCCCCACCCCCCACUUUUUAUUAAAGGAUGUGUAUCUGUUUACUGAUGCAUUUCUUUUCUGCAUGUAUCACUUGGGGGAUUUUCAGUAGUAAAAUCGUAUGGGGUGGGGGAAGGCAGUCUGGAUCCCCUGUGCCAGCUAAGGAGCUUUUUGUAAACUUCUAGCAACACAAAAUUACAAAUAUAAGCAACUGAGUAAGAAAACAGACCCAAUGAUUUCCUUUUACAUUGAGUCUAUAUGCGGCAUUGUCAUUUGAAUACUGUAUAUAUUUCAGUAAGUGCAGGACAGGAGGAAAAAGGUCUUGACCUCCAGCCGAUACGUAAGGCCGGGGGGGGGGGGGGAGAACAAAAAAUAUAUUAAAUGUAUGACUCCAGGUAGGGCUGCGAAAUACUCUUCACUGAAACCCCGGAGAACCAUUGCCAGCCAGAGUAGAUCCCCUGUCUGAAACCCUGUAGAGGUGCUGCCAGUCAUUUUGUAGACUAGACUGAGCUAGAUGCAGCAACUGUCUUGGUUCAGUGUAGGGCAACUGUCUGUUUUGUGCAUGUGGGGCUGCAGCUCCAAAGCAUACAGUGGAAACGGACCGUGUAACACAGCUCACAGUCACUGGCCAUACCCUGCUCUGUGUUCAAUGUUUGAACUAGAUUGUCAGUUUGCAUGAAAUACUGUAUUUAAGGUGUAAUUCCUUUUAGGUAUCCACUCACAAAUUACACUUUUGGGACCAAGGAACCCCUAUAUGAAAAGGACAGUUCAGUGGCUGCCCGGUUCCAGCGCAUGAGGGAGGAAUUUGACAAGAUUGGAAUGAGGCGGACUGUCGAGGGGGUCCUCAUUGUGCACGAACACAGGCUGCCUCAUGUGUUGCUUUUGCAGUUGGGCACAACUUUCUUCAAACUGUAAGUGAGCUUUACCAAACCUAGCACUGCGUAAUGAUACAUGUUUGAAGCUCCACAGAGAAAGUAAAUGACUUGUGCAUGGAGGGCAAAGGCAGUUUUAGGGUAGCUCAACCAGUGUGGUUGCACUGCAGCGAGCGCCAUAACAAUGCUGUAAAACUGAGUGAGAGACGGGGUGCGGGUGGGAUUUUAGUGUUGCACAGAGCACCACUGCAAUUUGAGAGCCCUGGUCUAUCACUGUGGAGGGGCUGUUUGGAGUGGAGAAGCAGCUGGGCCUGGGGAGUGAAGCACCAUUCUCCCCCUGCCAUUCUGUCAGGGAGAGGUGAGAAAGUGAAGUGUGUCCUUCAGCCUUGUGUUGCAACCAAUGUUCUUUAGCUCCUACCCUCCUAGAACUGCUUUCUACAGUACCAUUUCUCCUUAUUGUUAGGGUUUGAAAGAGUUGCUCCUACCUAGAACUUGCUUAUUUUUCUUGCAUUUCUCUUUGUUUGUACAUAAUGUUUCUUAAAUUGUGAACCACCUCAAGUAUUUCAGCCAGAAAAACAAAGUAUCAGUGUUUCAAGUAAAUAUGGAGGAAUGUAAAAAGCAACUUUGCCAGAUCCUUAAAAGGCUCAGGUAAUAAGUAGCAUGAGAGAAUUCUACCUGAGACCCUGGAGAGCUACUGCUAGUUAGAGUAGACAGUACUAGCCUAGAUGGCCAAAUACAGUCCAAACUAAUAUAAAGAUGUAGCCAAUAUUCCUAUGUAUUUUCUGUAGCAUGCUGAUUCCCAGUUCCAGUUCUGGGGAGUUCACACACAGUUUAGGCAACUAACUGUGUUUGUAGCUGGCCAUAAUAGUAGCUUUAGACUGCAGGCUACUGGGGAAAUCUGAAGAGGGGAAAUCAUACCUAACUGAGGUUCAUUGAUUUCAAUGGGUCUGUCUGAGUAAUACUUAGCUACAGACCAUGGUCUUCCAUUUUAAAUAGAUUGUUGUUGGUCAAGUAGUCAACUCCAGUGGGGCUUUCAGGUAAUUUGGGUUACUUCAGCUUUAUUCCCUCUACAAAUUACAGUAUAUAGCAGUAAAGCAGUAUAUAAAUGGUUGAAAUAAACAAAAUGCUGCGUUUUUUCAUCUAUCCUUUCUGAAUAUUGCUUAUUACCUUCCUCCUGCUUCUCUUAGAAAACUAAAAGGUGAUGGUGAUCUGACUGCACCAUACAUGACUCUUCUAAUCUCUUUGCAGCAUUAGCUAGUCUAAAUUCUUGGGAAUAGUUUCACAAGUUUCUGAAGUUAAUAGGUAAGCCAUUUUUAAUGCCCUCAGCCAACUAAUUCUGGAACAAAAUCUCUGGGUCCAUUUUUUGAUUGCAGAAUUUGCACAGAAGUAAAGCAACACCAUAGUUCUUCUAGGAUAUUGUCACCUCCACAGUAGUAAACUACAAUACCUCAAGGACUGUCUCUCCUCAUAUUAGCUGACCCUGUAACAGAGCAGAGCUAUGGCCCUUCUACAAGAAGUCUGGAUAGUGCCAACACGAGAACAGGCCUUUUCUGCAGUGGCUCCUCUCUUGUGGAAUGCUCUCCCCAGGGAGGCUCCUGUGGCACUUUCAUUACAUAUAUUUAGGCACCAGGCGAAAACAUUCCUCUUCUCCCAGAGCUUUGACUAAUUAAACAAUCUAUGGCCUUUUAAAGUGGGCAUCAUUGUUUUGUUUGUUAUUAUGCUUUGUAUUUUUGUGUUUUUAUACUGUUCUGGGAACCUCAGAUGCAUGGCGGUAUAUAAAUUAAACAAACAAAGUCCCCAAAUUUAAGCUGCUUAACCAUUGGCAGUUUUCUUUAUGUAAACAAAUAAAGAGUCCAGGACAUAAAAUGUCCCAUUGAAUCUAUUGAUUUUUACCACUGGUUUUGUGUUGUAUUAAAAAAAUAUAUCUAAUAGGACUUAAUGGGGGGACGGGACCUGGUCCAGAUUUGUUUUGACACAUUUUACUAUCCUGAGAAGGUGAAAUUUGGCUGAGGUAGUAAAACAUUCUCAAAACAGCUUUUUGGACAUUUACUGCAGUGUUACUUUAAAAAAUAUUUUAAUUAUGACUGCACCUAAAACACAUCCUUUAUCAUGAAUUUCUUUUCCACAGGCCAGGUGGUGAACUUAAUCCGGGAGAAGAUGAAGUAGAAGGUCUCAAACGUUUAAUGACAGAGGUAGAUGUCACAAUUAUUUGCAUUUUUAUCCUGAGGCUUUAGGAUGGAUAACAAUAAGCCUUUUAUGGUUGCAUUCACAUGAACAAAGGUGAAUAGCAUUCAACACACCUGUAAGGUAAAUUCAGGAAUUAAAACACCUUAAUUUUUAAUAAACUCUUAGGUGCAGAAGUAUAUUUGCAGUUUUGCCAAUCCAUGAAAAUUCCAGUGAGUAUGUAUUUUGAGUUCUGAGUUUUUCUGGUUUUCCAUAUGAAAGCUAACAAACCCUCACUCUAAGGCAGCUCUGGCGAACCUUUUCUAGCUAGCUGGCAAGGUCCUUCACUCCCCACCCAUAGAGAGCCAAAUUUGACUGGUGGUCAGAGCUGCUCACCUGUCAAUCACCUUGCCAAGCAGAACAUCAUGUCAUAUUAAUACUUCAUUUCCUGUUCUUUUCAGCAAGCUUAUAAGGCACCCAGCUAAUUGACCCCCAGUGCCUUUCUUUCCCAGUAUUUGGUACUGGUGCUGGCGUCAUCUGAGGCUUGUGUAGAGUUUAGGCUUUGGGUAAGGUGCAAACAUCUGGUGCUGCUUUUGACUGACCCUUACAUAGGAGCACAAAUUCUAUCUUAGUUGUAAACUCUGUGUUUAUUGAAAAGUGCCUCUUCAGUUAAAGGGGCCCAGCCUUCUCCACAAGUGAAGCAGGGAAGGCUCUGGGGCUUCUGUAAUGGAGACUUCUGUAAUGGAUGACAAUGGAAUAUUCUUCAGACUGAUGUGCUCACCAGUUGUUCCUGGGUCUGACCUUUGAUGCAAUUCCGCUUCUGACUCAGAGUCAUCAGUUUCACCUCCUGAAGAAGUGGGUCAUGACAGCUCCAUACCUCUCAGCUCACUGUCUUUCUCCUUGGAACGCUGGGCGCUAGUUGCAUUUUCCUUAACUAUGUUUUGUUUUGGAUUCUUUUCAUUCAGCUGUCUCUUUCUUUUCCCUUCACUGUGUGUGAGCUUCAUCUGCCUCCACCUUUCCUGCACAGCUGGUGCUCAGCUUGUUUAUUAUUUUAGUUAUGCAAACCACUUAACUGUGGUUUUUUUGGAAAUGGAAAGACAGCAUAUAAACUGUCUUAGUAUUCCCAUGGGGCGGGGGUGGCAUUGGACAGUGGAGAUUUGCAUUCUGGGCACCAGCUAUAUUGAAAAUUUUGCGCCCUUUGAUAGAGAUUUGCAUACUCAGCAGUAUCAGUUGAUACUGGGAAGGGAGUGGGAGGGUUAGGAGACAGGAGCUCAUGUACUUGGCAUUGACCAAUGCUGGGAAGGUGCAUGCAGGAAAACGUGGCAGCAGCUGCAGCUUUGCUCCUUUAAUGCCACUUUGUCUUUCUUAACUUCCUUCUCUUCUCUCCCCAUCUCACUCCCUGGUCCAAAAGUCAUUUCAGAUUCCAUUACACAAAGAGAAGCAGAUGAAUGCCGAGUGUUGCAGGAGACACAGGUGAAGCUAAGCUAGUGAGCUUCUCAAAAGCAAUACUUGGCCAUUGUUACGAGCAGGCUACUCUACCAUAUGAAUCCUUAAUCUGCCUGAGCAAGGUCGUUCUUAGCUACAGUUCUUGAGAUUAUCCACUUAAAGAUGGACUAUACCUUUGAAUACCAGUUGUUGGGGAGAAAUAUUUGUUACAUAAUGUUCUGUAAACAAAGUAUGGCUAGCACUAAAUAAUGCAUCUUUUUUUAUUAUACUUUUUAAUAAUAAUAAUAAAUUUUAUUUAUAUCCCGCCCUCCCCAGCCGAAGCCGGGCUCAGGGCGGCUAACAACACUAAAAUAGUGCAACAUUAUAAAAACAUUAUAAAAAUUAAUUAAAAUCAAAAUUGAUGGCAACCAUAAACUAAAGUUUUGUAAAGAUUGCCAAAGGAGGGAGUCAGGCUAAGACUAAUUUUUCUUAGUCUAACAAUCUUUUAAGUAACAGCACCAUUGCUUAUAUUUCUGUACUUACUCUUUUGUGAACUAGUGAAAAAGUUAAUCGAAACCUAUUACUUUUUUUUAAAUGCACCACUUUAUAAAUAGCGUUUUCUUAGCAUCAUACUGUAAAUGAUACACUGUAAAUUAAUGGCCUGGUUUGCAUUUAAUGCUAAAUCAUGGUUUGUUUACUGAAACCAUAGAUUAACCAUGAGUUGUCCCACAGACUAUUUUUUUAACAGCUUGCUCCUCCAAGCUUGUUUUGUUUUCCACCCUUGUUCCUUUGUUGCUUGAUGAGUGUCUGGGGUGGGGGUGGUCAAAGAAGCCAUAGUUAAGGAAGGGGGCUGGGUUCUCACAUAAUGCUAAAACAAACCAAAGUUCAUAAGCAAACAACAAUUGUGGUUUGACAAAAAACAAAUAGUAGUUAAAUCACUGGGCAGGGUUUGAAUGAUCAAACAAACUAUGACUUAAAUCAUAGUUUAAUAAACCAUGGCUUUGUGUUAUACAGUGGACGCUCGGGUUGUGAACGUGAUCUGUGUGGGAUGCACGAUCACAACCCGCAGCGUUCACAACCUGCAGCAGCACGUCUGCACACACGCAGGCUGUGGUUCGGUGCUUCUGCGCGUGCACAAGGCGUGAUUUAGCACUUCUGCGCAUGCGCGACCGCCGAAACCCGGUGGUUCGUAACCCGAAAAAACGCAGCCUUAAACAUCUGUAACCCGAGGUAUGACUGUAUAUGAAUCAGAUCAUUCAAUUAACAGUAUUUGUUUGCACUUCUAUAUUGAUUAAAGAAAUUUAAGAAUUUAGACUAUACUGUUGGGCUAGCAUUCUUAAUAUAUGACAUUCUGCUAUUGUGAAGCACUGGCAUAGAGCAUGUCAGGAUUUUCCUUGCAUUUCUAUUUUGGCAGAUCCUGGGUCGCCAGGAUGGAGUGCAGCAAGACUGGGUCAUUGAUGACUGCAUUGGUAACUGGUGGCGACCGAAUUUUGAGCCCCCACAGGUGAGAAUUGAAGUUGCCACUAGCAUUUUCAUUUGAUUUAUUUUUUGGGCUUACAACAAAACCCCUCCCAAGAACUAAUUAAUCAUCCUACUACACGACUCUAUUGCUGGUAGAAGACUGGCGGGCUCAGGCUUCUGUAAGUCACAGAAAUAGAAUUAAGUCACUUAGGAGCAGCAUAGUUUCUUUGAACAGGAUGAGAGGUUUUGAAAUACAAAAACAAAAAAAGUGCAUUAAAUAAGGAGCAAUGGCAUUCUCCUCCCAGAACAACUGGUGGCCUUUUCAGGAGCAGAUGGCACUUGCCCUUGAAUUUUCUUUCUUUUGCCUCACGGUAUGCAGGCCUUUCUUAAGCAGCCCCAGGGAAUGUAGGAGAAGAGACUGCCUCAGCUGUUCUCUCCUCAGGGUGUUGAUAGUCAAACAGCCAAUGUUGCAUGCUUCCUUUUUUUCUGCAGAUCUUUGGCUUUUUGUUCAAAUAUUUGGUUUGUCAAUUCAUACUAAAGUUAGACUUAUUCUUUUCAUCAAUUGAUUCAUUAUGCUGUUCUGAAAUUACAACAUUGAAGUAUAAGUGUUGUGUCCAAUGUUGGUGCCACUUCUGUCCAUGCAUGGAAAGGUUGCUGAUUCUCCCUGUGCCAUUCCUCCCUGGCUAGCAACAUUGCAUUCUACUGCAGAACAUGAACGGAAAAUGACCUGCUGUGUGCAUGUUCACGCAUACAGCCUUUUACCACAGAGCCUUAACUUUUUUUAACGCACAAAUUGUAGCUAUGUGAACUUUCUCUGCCAAACCCUGAACAGCUUUGAACCUGUGAAAGACUGCUAGCCCCCAUGGAGUCCUGGCUUAUAACCCGGGGAACUCGUAUCAGUGGCACCUCAUAUUGCAGACCAUGGUGGGGACCCACAAAGGUGCAUUUUCUGCUGUCACCUCAGUUCUCUAAAACAGUCUUCACCCUGCCAUGCAGGAAGCAUCACUGCUUACUAGCUUUAGAAAUCUUUUGAAUACCUCAUCCCUGCCCCCCGCCCCCGGCUUUACCUAAUUUGUUAAAGAUGGAUCCUGUUGUUUUGCGCAUUGUAAUGCUUUAUUGCACCUGUACUGUUUAUUGCAAUCUUUAGUAACUGGUAUUAUUAGUGUACAUUUUUGUAAUAUAUUUUUCUUUAGCUGUAAAUGAUUUAGUUUUAUAUAUAGGUGGUAUAGAUACAAGCACAUUUCUAGAAUUUGCAACCUAGAAUUUGAAAGCAAGUGUUUUGAAUCUGACUUUUAAAAAAAAAAGCAAUUGUGCAUGAUCCAGUGGCAUGAUUGGCAUCAUGUCUAGUUUGGCCCUUGACCUGUGUUAGAAUCUACCUAUAUUUUGCAUUUGAAAUAUAUUUGGAAAAUAACUGAAGUGCUCUGGCUGUGGAUAUGUUUCAAAGCAAGUAGAUUCUAACUGUCCUGGUUCAACCCCAUGAACUCUCAUAACGUGUUAAGUACUUCAAUUUCAGGAAAGCUGUACACAGACACGAACUAAUCAUUAUUUUUUAUUGUUUCCCACAGUAUCCGUAUAUUCCAGCUCACAUUACAAAACCAAAAGAGCACAAGAAGCUCUUUUUGGUUCAGCUUCAGGAAAAGGGUAGGCAUUCUGUCACACCUUUAAUUUUCAUAUAGGUUUUCAUAUAGGUUUUAUUGAGAGAUGGCAACAAAAUCCUGGGCAAGGUCGUUUGUGUUAUCUAAACUUAAAAGAAAAUUCUGAAAACUUAUUUCCACUGUAGUGGUUUAUAUGCUGCUCAACAGCUCCUCCCCCACUCCUGUGCCGUGGAUGAAACAAGCCAGAGUUGUUGUGAGAAGUGAGGUUACAGGGAACCAGGCAGAGGGCCUUCUCGGUAGUGGCACCCUCCCUGUGGAACGCCCUCCCAUCAGAUGGCAAGGGAAUAAACAACUAUCUGACUUUUAGAAGACAUCUGAAGCCAGCCCUGUAUCGGGAAGUUUUUAAUGUUUGAUCUUUUAGUAUGUUCUGAUAUAUGCUGUGAGCUGCCCAGAGUGGCUGGGGAAACCCAGCCAGAUGGGCAGGGUGUAAAUAAUAAAGCUAUUAUUAUUAUUAUUAUUAUUAUUAUUAUUAUUAUUAUUAUUUGUGUGUUACAGUAUGAUGGAUUUUAUUGUGGGAGGUAGCAUUUCUUCACAUCUUUUCUGUACACAGUUUCACUUAAAAUUGCUUAAGUUUGGAUGGAUGUGGCCUUAGGUUUUUAUGACUCAUUCCAAGUUGCUUUCAAUUUGUAUGUUGUGCCUGGAUAACUUAGAAUAGCCUGAGGAGUCCUCAUGCCAGGCAUGGUAUCUGUAUAUUCAGACUGUGCAAACCAAAGUUCUAAAUAUUACUAGUCUUCAUAUGAUGCAACCUAGGAAUUAAGAAAACUAAGCUUCACUCAAUAUUUGUCUUGUCCUUGCUUGAAGCAGAUUUUUAUUUGAUUUGAUCUCUCUUGAUUUGUUCUAGCUUUGUUUGCGGUCCCCAAAAAUUACAAGCUGGUAGCUGCUCCAUUGUUUGAGCUCUAUGACAAUGCACCAGGUUAUGGGCCUAUCAUUUCAAGCCUCCCCCAGCUUUUGAGCAGGUAGAGUAUGCUGUGAGUUUCCAUGUUGUGGUUUCAUACUGCUGCAGCUGCUACAGAAAAGCUUUCUUUAGCUCUUUCACUUGCUUUUGUAGGGAAUAGCUGACUGAGUGCUCUGAGGAUUGUGGUGCUUAUGUAUCCACAUUGGCUUGGAUCAUAGGAUAAAUUGACUUAAGGAAAACCACAAAAGGAAGGUUUCCAUCCUCCCUACAGCUGCCUGAAAGGUGCCCCUGAUGGGUUGGGCCUCCUGAAAAUGUAUGUUGGGUUGCCAGGAGGAAAUUCUACAAACUUCCUUAAUUUAUCUUAGGAUUCAAGACACUGUAUUUACAUCAUAUCAUUCAGCAGAGUACUUUAAAUUAGUUUUGAAUUACAAACAGUACUUCACAUUCCUUAUAUGUUCCCUUUCACUUUUCCUUGCUUAUCAAAAGCCAACAGAAGGCACCCUACAAAAAUUUCCUUCUGUUGCUAUAGUCAUUGCCUGCCUUAUCGUAUGAGUACAUUACCUCAGGAGAAUCAGGCUUGAUGUACUUUCUUGAACUUUGUUUGCUUGCUGGGCUUCCAGUUGAUGUAUUAUGUGCUGGCUGGCUGUUUUUCAAGCUGUGUUCUUAGAAAACUAAAGUUCUAGCAAGCACUGUCUGGGUGCAUGUAGAGCAGGGGUAGUCAAUGUGGUCCCCUCGAGAUUUUGGACUAUAAUUCCUGUCAUCCCUGAUGGGAGUCAUGUUGGCUGAGGCUGGGAUUUGUAGUCUGGAGAGCACCACAUUGGCUACCCUUAUGUAGGGCAAUGCUAGGCUCAGUAGAGUAGAAAAAAGAAAAAAACCAUCAGCCCAUGGGUUGGAUUAAAACUAGUCAAACUUCCAGGGUGCACAUUCCAACGGUAGGUGGGGCAAAAACCCAAAUAAAGAAAAACCACUUGUCCCCUAGCCACCCAUCUUCAAACAUACAGUGGUACCUUGGGUUACAUAUGCUUGAGGCUACAUACGCUUCAGGUUACAGACUCUGCUAACCCAGAAAUAGUACCUCGGGUUAAGAACUUUGCUUCAGAAUGAGAACAGAAAUGGUGCUCUGGCGGCGCGGCAGCAGCAGGAGGCCCCAUUAGCUAAAGUGAUGCUUCAGGUUAAGAACAGACCUCCAGAAUGAAUUAAGUACUUAACCCGAGGUACCACUGUAUUGGAAAUCAACACAAUGGGAAAAGGUGGGGGGAGCAAAGCACACACACAGCCACCAGCACCUCAACAAAGCUAUGAUCAAACAGAAAACCAAGUUCCCCACUGGAUGUGGCAGGGGGUGUGGAGGUGGGCUUCCUGUUCCUUUCUGCACCCCUUGAGAUUGUUCAGCCAGGUGAAGGAGGAGCUGGAAACAGGUGCACAGCUUCUGCAUACUGUGAGUCAAAGGUGGGUGGCAAUUUCAGGCUAUUAGCAACAUCCUUAGAAGCAGCAACUCCUUGCUGCUUCCUAAACAGGCCAUUGUUGUAAGCAGCAACACAACAGCAGCUUCCUCCUUCCUAGAUCAUAGCAAAUUCAAAAGCAGGUCAGUAUUUUAUUUAAUAAAAUGCCUGCCUCAUGUCAAGAGAGCAAUUCCCAAGCAGUGGCUUGCAUACAAGCCAAUUGCUCUGAAUUUGCCAAGGUAACUGGGAUUGAUGUCACAUGAUGGACAGGUGGAUGUGAUUUGACCAAAAUGACCUCAGGGUUCAAAUGGAGAGUCCCGGUAAGCCUAGUAAAAUCCAUGGGCCAGAGGUUGCCUACCAUUGCAGGAGGACCUCUGGCCAGUGAUCCAAGUGUGUACCUAUAACCUGCUGGAGCAUCUUUUGCAAUUCAUAGAAAGCAGAUCUGUUAUCCAGCCGAUUAAGUGUGUAGUUCAUGAUCUUCAGUGUGAGUAAUCAUUACUUCUUUUUCCCCUCUGCCAGGUUCAAUUUUAUUUACAACUGAAUUCCUGAAGUAUGUGGUAGAAGCCGUCUCUGUGAGAACAGCUUUAAAAUGUAGAAGAGAGAACCUGACACAAAGAUUUUUUUUUUAUGUCUCCCCCUUCCCCAAACUCUCUACCAUCUGAAUAGGAAAGUGAAUCUUGACUGUUUAGAUAGUGGAAUGAUGAGUGUAUUUGCAUUUUAAUCACCUAUGUUGUAAUAGUCACUUGACUUUUUUUAAAAAUAACAUUAAAACAAAAUGAUCGCCUUUC